AUGGCCUUCUUCCCCCAUUACUGCCAGGGCGACUUUGCCCCUCUCUUCCAGCUCCUGGACGACUAUGAUCUGCACCAGUCCACCCGCCGGCCAACCAAGAAGACCACACCCGUCAAGACCUUCGCACCAAAGUUUGAUGUCUAUGAGUUGAACGACCGCUAUUACCUUGACGGCGAACUUCCUGGGGUUGAGCAAAGCAACAUCGAGAUUGAGUUCUCCGACCCUCAAACUCUAGUUAUCAAGGGCUGCUCCAAGCGAAACUACCACCAGCAGCACACCUCGAAGGAAGAGGAGCUGCCCGAUGCCGAUGACAGGUCCGAGACUUCAUCGGUCAAAUCUCAUCAGCCGACUGUGGAGGACUGGGAUGAAAUGAGCGACUCUCCCACCGAAAAUACUCCCACCUCAGCGCCAAAGGAGACUGUCGUGGAGAAGAAGCAGACGCCAAAGAAGACCCCCGCGCCGGCCUACAAGUUCUGGGCUACUGAGCGCUCUGUCGGAGAGUUCCAUCGAACUUUCACCUUCCCGACCAGGGUCGACCAGGAUUCUGUCAAGGCCAGUCUGACCAACGGUAUCCUGUCCGUGGUUUUGCCAAAGGAACCAGCUCCGCAGCUCAAGAAGAUCCGCGUGGAAUAG